AUGGAGCUUAACAAUAUUGUGACUCCUCAAGUUAAUCUAAAUGCGCGAAACUUAACUUUCCACCAACUUGAACACAGUCUUCUCUGUUUUCUCGUUCUUCUUAUCCGAAAAGGAUUGCAGCCCCGGUCUGUCUAUGCUCUGCCGACGCAGACGCUAAGGCCAGCUUCCGGCCGUUCCACCAGACACAGUCCACGAGUUCCAUACUUCAAUGCAGGCACCUUGGCACCUGCGAAAAUGGGCAAUUUGUGGAUCUAA